GCCCUGGGGGUUACAGGAAGUUGUAGCUGCCAUGUUUAGCUGCUUUGUUGUAGAUUCCUUGUAGGUUUCCUGCAGAUUUUAGCCUAAGUGUUGCAAUGGAACCGAGCUGGAGUACCUUUUUAUUCCAACAGGCUAACGAGGCUCUGCAUCACCAGCAUCACGUAGCCGGCAACAGCCUCUUGCCGUUGCUCAGUUCUGGAACAGAGCCACCUGAUCAGAAACCUGUGCUGCCCAUUCCCUUGGACCAGAAACCCCCUGUCAGUGCUGCAGAACUUCUUAAAGACAAUGUGGCCAGUGGGACUGGGGGAGGAGGGCCUCCACUCGCCGUUGUAAAAAAGGAGCCUAAAUCAAAGACGCCUUUCAUCUGUGGCUACUGCAACAAGGCUUUCCGGGACAGCUACCACCUCCGGCGGCACGAGUCCUGCCACACCGGCAUUAAGAUGGUUUCACGGCCUAAGAAGAUGCAAACAGCGCCCACCAUGGUACCGCUCAUAUCCACCGGGUCACGUGAGAACAGCGGAAACCCUUCAUACAUCACUACUGUAGCUGGAAUCCUGACUACAGCCACUACAUCCACAUCCACAGGCACCAGCAUCAUGACCCCAAUGCAACACCAACACCACCAACAACAACAACAACAACAACAGCAACAACAGCAACAACAGCAGCAGCAGCAGCAGCAGCAGCACCACCAGCAGCACCACCAGCAGCAGCAGCAGCAGCAGCAGCAGCAGCAACAACAACAACAACAACAACAACAGCAACAACAGCAGCAGCAGCAGCAGAGCGUCCCUAAGAAGCCCCCCAAACCGGUGAAAAAGAAUCACGGUUGCGACAUGUGUGGCAAGGCCUUCAGAGACGUGUACCACCUCAACCGCCACAAGCUGUCGCACUCGGACGAGAAGCCGUUUGAGUGUCCCAUCUGCCAGCAGAGGUUCAAGAGGAAGGAUCGCAUGACCUACCACGUCCGCUCCCAUGACGGCGGAGUUCACAAGCCUUACAUCUGUUCCGUCUGUGGGAAGGGCUUCUCAAGACCUGAUCAUCUAAGCUGUCACGUCAAGCACGUCCAUUCUUCAGAGAGGCCAUUUAAGUGCCAAGUAACGGCUUGUACCUCUGCAUUUGCGACCAAAGACCGUCUGCGCUCCCACAUGAUAAGGCACGAAGGCAAAGUGACCUGCAACAUCUGCGGCAAAAUGUUAAGCGCUGCCUACAUCACGAGUCACCUCAAGACGCACGGCCAGGCCAGCUUCAGCAACCCGUGUAACAAUAAAGGCAUAAGUGACUGGCAGUGGAACCACUCAGGGCCACGAAAAGGUGAGUUGACGGUAGGAGAGAUUUUAAAUAACUCCUUCCAAGUCCUAAUUGACAACUCUCACAGAGAUGCCAACAACGUGCACAACAACUCGGCGAGUACGACGGCGGUCACACAUUCUGCGGCCAUCACCUCGGCUUUGAAUCGCGGAGGCCUCAUCGGCAACCCCAUCACCAUCGCCGCUCAGAUGAACAUCGCCACCAGCACGGUGAACAUCACGUCACAGAUGAACCUGCAGCACCCCGUCACCAUCACCGGCCCCGUGAACCUGACCUCCAUCAACAUCCCCACGACAGCACACAUGAAUAUCGCUCACCCCGUGGCCAUCACUUCUCCCAUGUCCAUGAAUCUCACCGGGCCCCUCAACAUCGCCAUGAGGCCCAUGGAUAGCAUGCCUUUUCUAUCCCAAGUCCUGCCUUCCUCCCCUCCUUGGUAGAGCUUCUUUUCUUUUUUAGCUUAUGUAAACGCUGAUAAUGUUUUAGCUGCCAAAUAAUAGACGAGCACGUCAAAUCUUAGUCGAAUGUUCCUUUGGACCAGUCAAAAAGGUGAUGACUAAUGUAGUACAAACUCAUAGAUAGUAACAAAUGAUUGCUGUUUGCAGGGGUGACGCAUUCUUUAUUUUAUUUGUACGAGUAGAAACAAAAAGUUCCUAUAUUCUUACUCAUGAUAGAGAAAUAAUGUUGCGACAGUCUCUCAUUGCAGAGAAUCAGCAUAUGAAGUAAUGUAAACUGCCUUCCACGAGAGAAUGGCAAACUUUAACCACUUAUCUUUCAUAGUAUGUUUUUUUUUAAAUCAUUUUUAUUUUAGAUGUUGUAAUAUAGGACAGUUCUAGAUAUUUCAUCGAAGUGAGAUGGGAGUUUCUGUUUUUGCUACCCAUUAAAUGUAUUACCUGUCACAUUAAGAUACUUCAUCACAUUGAUGCAAACAUACUAUAAAGAGGUUAACCAUAAAGAAGUCUAGCAGCAUUGGCCUAAUACACUCAAAUGAAAAGAUGUCUCAGUUUAAACCAACUAGCAACAUUCUGACAGCAAGUUAUUAUCCUCUCCAAUCAUGCGUUCUAGUGCUCUGCCCUGGUCCAUGGUGUAGCUCGCCUGGGUCGGACUCCUUGGGGCCAUUCCCGUUUCAAACAUGAAAAGAGAAAAACAAUCAGUUGACUUAUUUGUCUUAUUGCGGUUUGACCCACUGUCUGUUCAAAGACAGUUUGAAGUGCCAGGUAAGUUUGGCCUCGUCUCUUUGGUCUGAUCGAGAACAUGAUAUCACGUUGUAAGCUCCAUAAAGGCUAGAAAAUGAUCCUAAAGAUCACGUUAACAAGUGAAACCAUUUGGAAGAAGAAGGAACUUUCUUAUCCGAUAAUUCAAAUGAGUUUCCUCUACUGCCCGAAUAACCCAAAACAUCUCACCAGCCACACACUUAACGGACGGAUGUUUUUGGACAUUUUCCGCAGAUAUUCUGUGUAAAUAAUGACCAUUUUAUGCCAAAGAUUUUCUAACUAGUUUCCCCCUAAAUGCUAUAUUUUAAAAGAUAUGGGGAAAACCAUAAAACACCAUUAAACCCUCAUAAGACACUCUACUCUCCUUUUUGAAACACAGAUGAAAUGGCGCCUUAUGCGGAGGAGUCUGAUCUCUGUUUCCUUAGAAGCCACCUCUACCCUUAAUAUCCCAUUCUGUUACAUUUCUUUGCGUUAACGGUUACAUGAACAGGUUUUAUUACACUCCUUUAAAACCAAAAGACUUCCUUUGACUUUAGUUUGAAAUUAUUGGGCAGUUAUUACAAUAUCAGCUGCUACGUUUUCACCAUAUUUGUUUUUAUUUAUCCAUUGCCUACUCCUUUUUUCAAACUCGGGUAGUAGGUUUUACUAUUACAGGUAGUUGAGGGCGAGCUUAUUGCAGCAGUGUUGGCAUUAAACACAUUAUAUGCUGUGGAGACGCACACCCUUUUAGAGUUCUCUCUCUUUUAUUUAACCGCUGAAGGACGGUGUCGAUCUCGUCAAAGUGAACGACAAGUGAUUAUUUUCAACUGGGUAUCUGACUUGGAACGUGGGUGAUACUUUACCCUCCUCCAUUAGGCUUCGUUUUAAAGCUCCUUAAACCUGAAGUGUAUUGGAGUUGUACUUAAAUGCUUCCUCUUCAGGCAGAUUUAGUUUGUUUCCGUUGUUAUUUUAGUGGACUUAUCAGUAUUUGAUAGUUUAUGUAUUUUAAAGUUUAACGAAAGAAAAACAAAGCUUCCAUUUCAGGGGGGGGGGGUGAGUCGACGGUUCAGAGGCUGUUUUAGAUCCAUCAACUAUCCCCUCCCCACCAUGUUUAUGUUUUGAAAUGGCUGGAAAGCAGUCAGUGGUCACUGCUGGUUACUCUACACUAGUGACAUCUGUUUGGGAAUGUUUGUAUGUAUUUAUAUCAGGACAUGACAGUUGAAGGUACAACACAGAGGAAAUGUCUUGUACUCAAAGCGUGUCCCCUACCGGUUGCCCUUUUAAAUGGCAGUAUUAUCAGAGGUCAACAUUUUUUACAUUUGAAUUGAUUUCUUCUUCUUUUUUAAACUGUAGAGGUCAAGAGAGCUACCCAGUGGCUCCCUAUAAUGAAAGCAGUCCCCAAGUGAACUCGUAUGUUCAUUUAUAUUGUUUACUUCAGCAGGUUUAGGAUCCCAUCACUGUCAGUCCAACUCAGGAAGGUUACUGAGAAUAGUCUUUAAAAGAAAAACAUGGCCAUUUCUUUGUAAAUAUGAAACACUAUUUGAUUGCCUUUUUACCCGUGGGAGAGGGAGCAUCUCUACUUCCACAGGCUAGCAAUGCAAGAACUACAUCACUGAUGUGGCCGUCCAUCCGAGGAGAGACAUGAGCAGCAACUGAAGGAUGAGGCUGGUGGCGGUACCUUUCCAUCAUCAAAUCCCUUAGAAAAAGGUUUAACAUGGGAACAAGAAUGCUCUGUGCAGCUAUGGCUUCUUCAAAUACAUGAACACUGAGCAUGUGCUCUUCAGAUCGUUCAACCUACUCCUUACAAUUGUCAAAGAUGUAUUGGUGGGAAAACACAAGGUUUAUGUAAUUAUUCUAAUUGAAGGAACACAGUGUAAACCGUAUGGUUCUGUGGCAAAGUGUUAGCGAUAUGAGGCCGUAGCUGUUUUCUACAGGAGAACUGCACCUAAAGAGAAAACUCCAGCCAUAUCCUUUUAAAGCUGUAUUUUCUCUGUAGACCGCACUUGCAUAGCUCAGUGUUAUUUUAUUCUUUGUUUGGGAUUAUAUUUGUAAUCCUGGCAGUUCAUCUUCACUGGAAAAUUGAGGCUGUGAUCACAAAGGAGGCUUUAUUUCCCACUCAAUAUUGGCAUGUCAGAGAAGCAUAGUAGGAUUCAUCAGUUCCACAUUCAUACGGGCUUUUCAUGCCAGGCGUUACUGAGAAGAGGUGUUAGCGAUUUGAUCAUCUUUAAAACUGAAACACUAACCUUUUCAAAUGGCAUCCACAGAGACGGACAACCUUAUGCAAACGUGGGAGGAAGCACUUGUAUAAUAACUGAGAUAUUGAUAUUGUGCAUACCAGUCCUAUCAUAGUACCAAAGCUAAGAAUAAGGCAGUUGUAGUGCAUUAACACAAAUGGCAGUACACCAUGUUUACUCAUUUCCAGGUGAAUGACUCAUUCCUACACCACUAUCAAAAACCCCUUGAUAUCAGAGCAGACCGUAACGUUGUACAUUGAAAUGGCCAAGGCCCAGAACUACGCCUGAAUGUGUUGAAGACGUGCUCUUGUCAUGUUGAGCCUCUUGUGAUCUCAGCCUCAGCAGUUUCUGAACCAGCCUCACAUAAAGUCCCACUCUCCCCUGGUGGGUGGGAGUAGUUCGUAGAUGUGAAGCCUGUUGGUGGUUAAGCUCCUUUUUUCACAACAGGCACUCUGAAGCACUUGCAGCAAACUGUAGGAUGUGCACACUACAGAGGAGUGGUACUAAAAGGGGCAUUUCUAUUUGGUGGAAUGCAAAUUAUUUAAUUUGACAGCUCUCCUGGCUGCAUCUGCAUUUCGGCAGCCCCUCAGUUUUAUUGUAUGCAUGCCAACACUGGCCACCAAGGGAAACGCUUGUAUGUGUACCGGCAUUAUGAUCUUUGAAAUGAAUUUCCCAUCUAUAUGAUUUAUUUUAUUUUUACAAUGUUGCAUGUGGAUGACGGAGCUUGUCCAGUGUAGGUUUGAGUUCAAAACCAUAAUUAGAAGGCUAGUAACUUUUUAUGAAAACAAAACACUAAAAAAAUUAGAAUGGAAGGAAGUGCGCCGUGUCAUUUGUCCUUCUCCAGUGGCCGUAAACAAGUGUGCCUGAAAUACUUUGCAAGACUUUUCCACACGUCGAUGCUUCUUCCUCUCGAUGUGCUGUGUGAGGGAAUCGUUUUGUGAGGGAAGCCUUCAUCAGUUCAGACGGCCCGGGCCCCGUGGCAACCAAACUGUUAGCUUUUCUUUUUUACAACAUUAUGAUUGUGAAGUUCUCUUACUCCAGGAACAACUUUCAACAUGAAUUGAGAUAUGUAUUUGGGUCAUGUAACUGUAACUGAUAUUUAACCAUCUGGUUUCAUUUCUUUAAUUUGACUUCAACCUAAUGUGAAAAACAUUUGGCCAAAUAUUGAUUUGGAAGAUUUCAUUUUAUUUUCUGUGAAGUUUGUAUGAUGAAUUUGGCAGAUGUGAAGGCAAAUUAAUGUAUAUCUUUGUACAAACCAUUUAGAUCAGAGGACAUGUUAGUUAUGAAAGACACAUGCAAGGAAAAAAAAUAACCUUUUAUAAAUCUUUUUGUAUUAGAACAUUAACAAACGGUAAUUUUUGUAUAUACAAAGGCUAGGCUUUCUGAUUAGCAGAAAGGUAAAACAUUCCUACAUUUUUUUUAAAUGUAUGUCCAUUGAGAAUAAUUAUGUAAACAUGCGCAAUGUUUUAUGUGCCUUUUAUUUGGGUUUGUCUAAAUAAAAGAAAACGAUAAAACAUGAUUGUGGACUGUCCAUGCCGAUUCCCACAGAGGAGAGUCGAUACUUUGCAGAUGAAUCUCCAGAUCGACCCCCUGCCCUCGAGAUGCGCCCCCCCCCCCCCGUUGCUUUUCCUAGCUUUAGUUGAGGAUUGUUGGGUGGUGGUUGCUAAAGUCCCCGCUCCGUACGGAUGUUCCUCCAGACUCCUCCGUGUCUUCACCGGCUCACUGGCUCAGUUGGCCUGCUCACGAUGAAAGUGCCUCUGUGACUUCGCUCCUUGGAGUGGAUUGUAGGGGAUUUUGUGCCAAACCAUGGUCUGUAUGUGACGACAAAAACAUUUAGGUGUUUUUUCAUUCUUUAACUAUUAAACUUGCAAAAUGUU